AUGCCUAUCCCGGUUCGCUCUGCACUUUGCAGUCUUGCGUACAACAGGCCGUCUGCGUUGUCGGUUCUUCACACUCAAUGUCAGGCAACGAGGACGAUGGCCAGCGGACGGCUGCGCAAGACGUCCUCUCGCAUGUCUUUGUCGCCCAAUGUAGCCAAAGCAUCGCUGAACAAGCCGCGUCCUGGAAGGGAUCGUCGUGGACCUUUUGCAGGCAUGAACCAGACUGAAGCCCGCGUGAGAGAUACGCCGCGACCUCGAUCCCAAGCCGCUCUCAAACGCUCUGGCGAGGAGGGCAAGACGGAGAAGACCGAAUCACCUCUAUAUAAAGCGCUGAAAAUGCAAACCACGCUGUCACCUGUUUCUUACGGUCGUCGUGCCGCUAUCAAGUCCAAAAUUUCCAACGUGACGAGUUUCGACCACUUCCCCCUACUCCCUGCGGUCCGACACUCGAUCUUCGCCCAAGCUCUGCCCGGACUCUCCGAAGUAGUACCAACACCGAUUCAACGACUCGCUAUUCCCCAACUUUUGAGCAAUACACCCAAGAAGCCUACGUCCAAGGUGGAUGAAGACGCUCCGAAGUAUGAUCAAUACCUUCUUGCUGCUGAAACAGGUUCGGGCAAGACGUUAGCGUAUCUGCUUCCAGUCGUUGAUGCAGUUAAGCGCGCAGAAGUUCGUGACAAGGAGGAACAGCAAAAACUUGAGGAAGAGAAGGCGAAGGAGCGGGAAGAGAGAUUGAAGACCCGAACUUUUGAGAUCGAGCCCGAGGAGCCACCCAUGUCCAAUGCCGGUCGACCUCGAGCGAUCAUCCUAGUCCCGACGUCGGAGCUGGUGGCCCAAGUUGGAGCCAAGGUGAAGGCUUUGGCUCACUCAGUCAAGUAUCGUUCAGGCGUCAUCUCUUCAAAUUUGACGGCGCGUCGGAUCAAGAACACUCUUUACCACCCAGAUGGAAUCGAUAUCUUGGUCUCCACGCCCCACCUGCUGGCUUCUAUCGCCAAAACGAAUCCAUAUCUUCUCAGCCGUGUCAGUCAUCUUGUUUUGGACGAAGCGGACUCUCUGAUGGAUCGGUCCUUCCUCCCUACGACUACUGAGGUGAUCGAGCGUGCAGCUCCGUCCCUCCAAAAGCUUAUAUUCUGUUCCGCCACAAUCCCUCGCAGCCUGGAUAAUCAGCUCCGCAAGCGGUAUCCUGAUCUCAAACGUCUCACGACGCCAAAUUUGCAUGCUGUUCCCCGACGUGUGCAGCUUGGUGUGGUGGAUAUCGACAAGGAGCCUUACCGAGGGAACCGCAGCCUGGCAUGUGCUGACGUGAUCUGGUCCAUUGGCAAGGCGGGUGAUGUGAGCGACGAGAACUACGGGCCCCUUACCCAGUAUAUGGGCCCUAAGGUGAAGAAAAUUAUCGUCUUUGUGAACGAGCGCGAGGAGGCGGAGGAAGUUGCCCAAUUCCUCGUUUCCAAGAAUAUCGAUGCUGUGGCGCUCUCUCGUGACUCCAGCUCCCGCAAACAGGAGGAAAUUCUCGCCGAAUUCACCGAGGUCGAUCAGCCUCCAACAGCAGAUGAGAUCAUGUUGCUCCGCAAACAGGCUCGGGCUGAAAAAUCGAUCCCGUUCUUGGAGCCCGAGAAGAAGCGGGAAGUUGAUCGACGUCUACCUAAUACCAAGGUCCUCGUCACAACUGAUAUUGCCUCUCGGGGCAUCGACACGCUUGCCGUGAAGACUGUCAUCCUGUACCAUGUUCCCCACACGACUGUCGACUUUAUCCAUCGUCUUGGUCGACUCGGCCGUAUGGGCAAGCGAGGACGAGGUGUCGUUCUUGUCGGAAAGAAGGACCGCAAGGAUGUCGUUCGCGAGGUGCGCGAGGGCAUGUUCCGUGGACAAGCUCUGAUUUAA